AUAUUUUUUUUAUUACACACUAAAAGAGAGAUUGGAGCCACAAGGUUUACUCUACAACUCAUAUUGCAUUAAGCUAUGCCUUUAAGAAGGUUCCUCAUUUGCCACUUAAAAUCAUUUUUACUAACCUAAGAAAUUACAGUAUAUAAGACAAUACAUUUACAGAAGGUAGUUUGUGCCAGAAAAUUAUAGUGUUUAGCUUUUGAUUGUUAUGACCAUUCUGAUAUAUAUUAUCAGCACUAGAUGAAAGGAUUUAUAAAUGUCGCUCUGCUAUUUUUCCUAAUGUUCUGUACUUUUUAAGCAGUCAGAAAAAAAAAGUCAGAAAUGUAUCUAAUCUAUUCCUGAAGGCUAUAUUAGUCUUUUGUUGUACUAAAGGUACACAUGGUGUCCCUAAAGGUACAAUUUUGCACUUUUUCCCCCUAACAGUGUACUCUACAACCAUUCAGUCAUUCAUUUUUUAUUUGUAUUUUUUUGUUCCCAACUUUCACCCACUUCAUGUUUUGUAUCAUUAAACACCAUAGCACAAACAAAUAACUGAAUGCCAGUUAUGAUGGUGUGAUAGUACACUGGUGAAAAUUAUCACCAUGUUAUCAGCAUACAAAUGACUUGUACACUCAAAAAAAACAAGAUCAAUAUUUUCCGGUGCUGUGAUGUCGAAAUCCUCAUUCUCCGGCCUUCUAGGGAAGCUGUGUGCUAGACUGGAGUUCACGCACUUCUCAGAGAGAGAGAGAGAGAGAGAGAGCUAGUCUGAUGGCAGUAGGCUAAACCAAAGUCCUCUAGCUUAUGUUUUGAUUCCAUUCCCUCUUGUAUCUACUCAUGUUCUAAGCUCUGGAGUUAAAAGAGAAUGAACUAUUUAAAGGAAGUGGUCAUACUACUGUCAGGCCUGUACCUGAUUUUGCUGUGCAGGAGAGUGUCAGGUGAUCAGAGACAGAUAUCUAGCAAGGGAGUCAUCAAUCUUGCACACAGACGGUCCAAAUGGACUCCCUUAAUGCAGAUGAGCGCAAAUCUCUCUGACAUCACAAGCAUCAGAUCUUUCUUUGAGUUUCGGACCCUUGAUCCAGAGGGGGCUGUCUUUUAUGGAGACACCAAAGAAGGACGGGACUGGUUUGUACUUUCACUGCGUGAUGGCAUACCUGAAAUGCAGAUUGGGAAAGCAGACAUCUUAGUGAGCGUAAAGGGAGGUCGCAAACUCAAUGAUGGGGCCUGGCACUUGCUGGAGUUGCGCAGUGAGGGCAAAUUUGUGGUGCUAGAGGUAAACAACAAGGUUGAGCUUGUAGUCGGCCUCCAUUCUAAACUGGUGGAAGACGACCUAACAGGAAAGAUACGUCUUGCUCUCGCUGGCAUGCUGGUGGACAAACAAAAGCUCUUCCAUCCAUUUGAGCCAGAAAUAGAUGCUUGUAUAAGAGGAGGGCAUUGGUUAAAUCUCAGCACUACCUGGGAUACAGACUCAACAUGGGAACCCCAGCCCUGCUUCUCCGAGAUCAAGAAAGGGAGCUAUUUUCCAGGAACCGGAGUGGCUAUGUUUAAUACAUCUGAUCUUCCUGGACUUAAGACAGAAGAGGCCGGUAUUACAGUGGAGAUCUUCGGAUCCUGGACUGGGACAACGUUGAGUCUCCAAAGCACAGGAUUUGAGUAUGUUUUGGGAGAGUUAGAUGGGAAUAAAGAUGUCAAGGAGGUGCAGUUGGGCCUGAAAGAGGAAUCGGAAAGUGUUGCCCUUCCCGGUGAACCUGCAACACUUACUUUCACCGUACUGAAACAUUCACUUGUGGUAAACAGUGUAUCAGAGCUUGAAACAGAAAGUCUGGACUUUUUCUCCAUGUGGAAAAAGGGGAUGCUACUGACUUUUGGGGGAGUGCCAGGCGACAGCGAGAAGGCAAAAAGUACACAUUACCUGCGUGGGUGUCUGGAGAAAAUCCUCGUCCAAGGCCAGGUCAUCGAUCUUGAUCGGGCAUUGUACAAACACACAGCGCUGUCAUCUCACAGCUGUCCUACAGAAGCAAUGAAUGAACUCACUAAAUCGUCAUAUAAGGCAUUCAUCCUGGCAGGCUAAACUCUAAGAUUACCUUCUUAUAUCUGUCAUAGAUAGGCCUAUUUAAAAUAUUCCUCAAUGUUCAGUUGACCCAAAACCUCCAAAAAUGUACUGAUGGGCUGUUAUGUUACAGUGAGCAAUAAAAUACAUUUGAAAUGCAAUGGUACAUCUUUCAGGUACAUUAAUGAUUGUAAAAGGUACACUGAACUCUGUUUACAAACGCAUCUAAAAGGGAAUGUUUUUCAAUGAAAAUCUUUUAGUCAACAAAAUAAAUCAAGAUCAAUAAAA